CCAAGAAUUAAAUCGAGAGCUGCAAUACAAUGUUGAUACAUUGCAGGAAUUCGUUAGAAAUAAUGUUCCGUUGCUGAAUGAACAGCAAAAACAAGUAUACAAAACAUUAAUGCAAGCGGUGGACAAUAAUACUGGUGGUCUAUUCUUCCUGGAUGCACCUGGAGGAACAGGGAAAACAUUUGUCAUUUCAUUGAUUUUGGCCACUAUUCGAUCAAGAUGUGACAUAGCUUUGGCGUUAGCAUCAUCUGGAAUUGCGGCGACUCUUCUAGAUGGCGGUCGUACUGCACAUUCUGCGCUUAAGUUGCCACUCAAUUUAAACACAAUUGAUACUCCAACGUGCAAUAUUUCCCGAUCCAGUGCAAUUGGAAAAUUGUUAAUGCAAUGCAAGCUCAUUGUUUGGGAUGAGUGCACAAUGGCACAUAAGAAAUCACUUGAAGCACUUAACUUCACACUGAAGGAUCUUCGGAGAAAUAACAACAUCUUUGGCGGCUUGAUGAUAUUGUUGGCAGGCGAUUUCAGGCAGACGUUGCCAGUAGUUCCCCGUGGAACGCCUGCAGAUGAAUUGAAUGCUUGCCUAAAGGCAUCACCUUUAUGGAAUAACGUAAAAACAUUAUCGCUAACCACUAAUAUGAGAGUUCAACUUCAAAAUGAUCAAAGUGCUGCACAAUUUUCCAAACAAUUGUUAGAUCUUGGAAAUGGAAAAGUCCCAGUUGAUGCGACAUCUGGAUUAAUUACUCUUACCAACGACUUUUGCCGAUUUGUAGACACUCAAUUAGUUCUUAUUGAAAAUGUUUUCCCAAACAUUAGUGAGAAUUAUAAGAAUUAUGCUUGGUUAAGUCAACGAGCAAUUCUUGCAGCAAAGAAUAAUGAUGUCCACGCACUGAAUUUCACCAUUCAAUCAAAAAUUGCUGGCGAUUUGGUGACAUACAAAUCCGUUGAUUCAAUAACAAAUCCCGAUGAUGUAGUAAAUUAUCCAACGGAGUUUUUGAACUCUCUGGAGAUACCAGGAUUUCCACCACAUAACUUGCAACUGAAAGUUGGUACAGUUAUUUUGAUACUGCGUAAUUUGAAUCCACCGCGACUUUGCAACGGUACUCGACUUUCGGUAAAGAGACUUAUGCCGAAUUUAAUUGAGGCAACCAUUAUUAACGGAAAGUACGCAGGUGAAAAUGUAUGUAUUCCUCGAAUACCAAUGAUUCCGACUGAUCUUCCGUUUGACUUCAAACGAUUGCAAUUCCCAGUUCGCCUUGCGUUCGCAAUGACAAUUAAUAAGUCGCAAGGCCAAUCGCUUAGUGUUUGCGGGAUAAAUUUGGAAAAUCAUUGUUUUUCACAUGGACAGUUAUACGUUGCGUGUUCACGAGUUGGGAAACCAUCCGUUUUGUUUGUGUUAACGUCAGACCAAAAAACAAAAAAUGUGGUUUACCAAAGAGCACUACAAUGAAACAAUUAAAUAACACUUCAUUUUAGUAGGUAAUUGAAAUGAAUUUAUUACUGUUGUGAAAUGAAAUAAAUAUUUUCCUUUUCAAAUAUAUAACAAAAAAAAUUUUUUUUCUUUAUCUUUUAAUCACCAAACGAAAUGUUACAUAAAACGAAUCUGGUGGCGAAACGGAGUUCGCCGGG